AUGCCGAUACGGCUGUCGGAGAGUGACCUGCCUGUCCCGGUGGCAGCUUCGCUGACCCCUGAAUCACCCACAAAGGAGCUGGAGUCUAUCCUGGAAGAUCUCAUGGGUCUAGCACAAGGGGACGCAGCCUCUCCAACAGCCACACCACCACUAACACAAAAGAAGUCUGUGAGAAAGAAAAAAGAAGAUGAACAGAAUGAGAGAAAAGAGGACGGCAACGCGGCGGCAGCUUCGGAUGGAGCCACAACAACCCAAAGACAGAAAACAGACGCUAUAGAUGACCUGCUGGGAGGCCUGAGCUCUGACUUGGAGAAGAUCGGUGUACGCACCACCGCUAAAGGCCACUGUGCAGCGUGCAACAAAUGCAUUGUGGGGAAGAUGAUCACGGCACUGGGAGAAGUGUGGCACCCGGAGCACUUUGUGUGUGUGGCGUGUAAGGUGGAACUGAGCACAAGAGGCUUCUUUGAAAGAGAGGGACGACCAUACUGUGACAAAGACUACCAUGAGCUCUUCUCUCCACGUUGUGCUUAUUGCAAGGGCCCCAUUUUGCAGAACAUCCUGACAGCUCUGGACCAGAACUGGCACCCGGAGCAUUUCUUCUGCACACAUUGUGGACAGUUGUUUGGGCCAGAAGGCUUCCUGGAGAAGGACGGGAAGCCGUACUGCUGCACCGACUUUUACCACCUGUUUGCUCCCAAGUGCUCAGGCUGUGGGGAGUCUGUAAGGGAGAACUACCUGACGGCGGCCAAUGGCACCUGGCAUGCGGAGUGUUUCGUCUGUGCAGACUGCCUGAAACCCUUUUCCGACGGCUGUUUCAUGGAGCUGGACGGUCGGCCGCUUUGUGCGCUUCACUUUCACUCCAGGCAGGGCACCCUGUGUGGGGGCUGCGGGGAACCCAUCACCGGCCGCUGCAUCACUGCUCUGGACAACAAGUUUCACCCUGAACACUUUGUGUGUGCCUUUAGUCUGAAGCAGCUCAGCCAGGGCAUUUUCAAGGAGGAGAGAGGAAAACCGUACUGUUCCGCUUGCUACAACAAGCUUUUUGUGUGAGACAUCCAGAGCAAGUUACAUAUGAAUAAUCUCAAAAUGAUUUGAUUUGUUAUUAAACGUAUUAUUUCAUUAUUUCAUUUUCAUAGUGGCACAAUUAUGUAUUAAAAUUCUGCAUUUGACUUAUGAAAACACAUGAUAUAUUAUUCAAAGAAUAUAAAGAACAGUGGUCUAAAUUACUGUGAGUUUACACAGAUGUAAAACAUUG